UAUUGCAAUAGGUAAGUAAGCUAGAUAUACAAAUAAAAAAAUAUUUAUGAAUUAUAUAAUAUAAAAAAUAGUGACUUUAAAUCAUUUGGAAAAUAUUCUUUAGGAAUUGGUUAUACACAGUUAUCCGAAUUUUUUUCUGGAAUAGAAGUACCAUCAAUGUCCCCUGCAACAUAUAUUUCAAUACAAAAUAGUCUACAACUCGAAAUUAAAAAUACUGCGUGGAGUGAGAUGCAAAAAGCCGGCGAAGAAGAGAAGAAAUUGGCAAUUGAAUCCGGUGACAUUGAUACCGAUGGUAUUCCUUUAAUAACUGUAGUGACAGACGGUCAGUGGUCGAAAAGAAGUUAUAGUACAAAAUACGAUGCACUAUCUGGAGUAGCAAGUAUAAUUGGUUAUAAAACAAAAAAAGUUUUAUUCGUCGGAAUUAGAAAUCGUUACUGUGUAACAUGUGAGAGAGCAUUGAAUAAAAAAAUUGAAAUUCCAAAUCAUUUGUGUUUUAUGAACUGGAAAAAAGGAGCAACAAGUAUUGAAGCCGAUGGAGUUGCAGAAGGAUUUAAAAAAAGUGUUGAGUUGCAUGGAGUUAAAUUUUCUAAAUUGAUCGGCGAUGGGGACAGUAGCGUUAUAAAGCGACUAAAUGAGAUACUUCCAUAUGGGCCGUCAUUGAGAGUGCAAAAAAUUGAAUGUAGGAAUCAUUUGUUAAGGAACUAUUCAAAAAAAAUGAUGGCUUUGAGUAAAAGAACAGACUUUCCAAUCGAUAUUAGAAAAAAAAUACAGAACAACAUUAUACGGCUAAGAACUGACAUAACUUGUGCUAUAAAAUUUCAUAAUCAACAAAACAAGCCACUAUUUCAAAAGAUUUCAGGUCUCAGAUUUGAUAUAUCCAACGCACCAUAUCAUCGACUAUUUGAUAAUCAUGAAAAAUGUUCUACAUAUUUUUGUAAAGAAAAAAACAACAUGUCCACAAAAUUAAAUGUCAUCGGAAAAUAUACAUCUAUCUCUAGAGAAAUUAAUAUUAUUGUUUCUCGUUUAUCAAAAAACGCAGAUAGUUUGAUACUUGACGUAGACAAUAAUAUUUGUGAACAAUUGAACAGCACAAUUAAUAAGUUUUUAGGAGGUAAACGAAUCAAUUUUACCCAGAAAAGUUCCUACACAACACGAGUAAACGCAGCAGUUAUAAGCUUUAAUUCCAAAGAAUAUUUGCGUGCAAUUAAAAAACACAUGACAAAUACUAGCCCAGGCAAAAUCGGAAAAAGUUUUUUAAAACGCAUUCUAGACAAACGCAACAUGUGUCAAAAAAGGAGACAAACUGUUCAAAAAACAGUUCUAAAAACCAAUAAAAGAAGUACUACAGCUGAUAAGGACUAUGGAAAUGCUGAUGAGUUGGAUAAUGUAAGAAACAUUGACAACCCAGAAUUUAUUAAUGAAAUGAAUGCAUUUAUUAGAGUAUUAGACGACGUCGAUCGAUCAAAAAUUGAAAUCGAGACCCGAGAUCAAGGAGCUAGUGAAAAAUGGAAACGUGAACGGUUAUCAAGACUUACAGCUAGUAAUUUUGGUCGCAUUUGUAAGAUGCGGCCAAGUACGAGUUGCAAAAACACCAUAUACUCAAUUUUGUAUAAUAAUUUCACUUGCAAAUCAGUACAGUAUGGUAGGGAUAUGGAAAAUAUUGCAAGACAAUAUUUUGAAAAUAUGUAUGAUCUUCAAAUAGUGCCAUGUGGUUUAUUUAUAGAUCUGGAGUACUCAUUUCUUGGUGCAAGUCCUGAUGGAAUCAUUGAUGAUAAUUCUAUUGUUGAAAUCAAAGCGCCAUAUGCAGCAAAAGAUACACUGAAUAUAAAUGAAGCUGUAGAGAGUGGUAAAAUAAAAUACUGUACAAUUGUAAAUGGCAAAUUAAAAUUAAAAAUUACACAUGAUUACUUUUACCAAGUUCAGGGACAGCUCCAUAUAACACAAAAGAAAAUGUGUUAUUUUAUAAUAUAUACACCCAACUGGACAUCAGUCGAAGAAAUAUUUUAUAAUCAUGAUUUUUGGUCGUCGAAAAUGAUCGAUAAAUUAAAACAUUUUUAUUUAAAAUGUUUACUACCAGAAAUAGUAGAUCCAGUUUUUAAACAUCGUUUAAUGAUAUCUGAUAUACGAGACCCAAAUAAAAAUGUGGCAGUAACAUCGGCAGUAAGACCAACAGUCAAAACAAAAUUGUUUUAAUUAAUAUUCUGUAUUUG